AUGCUCCCGGGAGUGGCAGUAGGCGCCGGCUGCAACCGAGUAAGUCCCGCAUGCGCGGAUGCCGCCCCGCGGCUGCGCAGCGCCAGCCCGCGCCCCGCCCCAGUCCCUGGGACCCCCAAGCCCAACCCCAGCUGGCCACGCCCAUCAGGCUUCCACGCCCGGAUAUAUCCCGCCCAGGGCUCCGCCCACGGGGAGCGCAAAGGGCGUGAGGCAGGGCAGGGGCAGGGCAGAAGGACCCAGGGUGAGGCUUCUACUUCUGACAAGCCCCAGGUCUCUGCCUCCUCAUCCAUCACCCUCCAACAGAACCCAGAAUCCCAAGCGGCAGGAGCACUGGGGGACACCCGGGUGGAGCCUUCCCUGGCGCAAGUACUGCAGGAGAGGGAUGAAGCCAUUGCGAAGAAGCGCGCGGUGGAAGAGGAGCUGGACUCCUGUCGAGCCAGGCUGCGCACAGUGGAGGCUCAGCUGCUGGAGGUCCUGCAGGAGAAACUGAAGCUGAAACAGGAGGUGGAGGCCUGGGAGGAAGACAUGCAGCAUAUGGUUCGAGAGCGGGUGCGGAGUCAGCUGCAGGAAGAGUCCAGAGGCACCCUGGGAGCACGGGAGAACACAAGCGCGGGCAGGGGUUCCUGGAUUCCACUCUCCCGGGGCCAGUGGGGGCGACGGUGGUGAUGUCCAGGGGUCAGUGGGGGCAACA